GAGGUGUAUGAAACAGAACACCUUGAUUUUGGAAAUUUAUGUGCUUAAAUGUCCCAUCUUCCCCAAUAUACUUAUAGUUAUAGGUCAUGUGUUACAAGAUGUCUGACAAUUUACUUUCUAAAUCCGUAUUUUAUUUGCUCCUGGUAGAUGGUUAAACAUUUCAUAAUAUUGGAGACUUCCGUGUAAUAAAUACACGCCAGCAUUUAGUUCAGUGUAAUUUGGAUGACGUUUGUCCUACGGUAUGUAAUGGAUAUCCCGGUUAAUGAAGAGGAACUCUGCCUUGUUUGGCCUGUUGCAUACAUGGGUUGCAUACAUUGGUAUGCCGUUUGUUAAAGCGGCAUUGUUGUUGAGUUUAUGAGUGUCGCAAGCACACCGUUCACGAGACAGCUAAUAGAAACCGGAUUGCAAUGUUUUGGUUGUUUGUUGUGGUUGUUCUUCUUUGGCCUGCAGAAACAUUUCAGUUAAAAGAAUACUCAACAAUUAAACGAGGUUUUGUUGAAAUGAAUUUUCAUUCCACAACGAGGAAGCUGAGCGUGAAGCUGGAUUACAAAAUAUGCUUGGAUUCGAUGCCUUAUUAUAUCGAGGCAACAGCAAAUCCCAAAUACAUCACAGGUGUUGAGAAGUUUAACGUUACUGUUAUUCAAAUCAAUUUCUAUAACGCUGUGUUGGAAUUGGAACGAAUUGAUCAGGAUUCAGGAUGGGGGGAAAUGCUCUUCAUUGUGCAGUGGGCCAUCUACCAUAUCUCAGAUUACAUAACAUCAACCGCUACAGUGCAAUACCGUGUGGACUACGACACAGAUGUAAAAAUUUCAGGAACAUCAAGUGUAUCAGCGGUUUAUGGUGAAGGUUUAUCACCGUUGCCAGCAUUACAAAACAACUCACUAUUUCAACCACGUCUGUCACAAGAAAGACAAAAUGGUCACAGGUUUUUGGUGUUUGAUAAAACUUCCAACAAACUGAUCACCAACCUUGAUCUGAAUCCUAAAAAUGGAGAAAACGACCUGGUUACCGUGUUUAUAGUUUACCGGGUCGACAAUUUGAAAGAAAACAUUAAAAAUGAUGCAAGUAAUUGGCAAGGGCUAUUCGGAACACACAACAGUGGGUGGGAUAAAUUUAUUGUAUUGGCAAGUGACAGAAUAGUUGUUUCAGGAACCGUCGGAUAUAAUAUACAAAUCACUUCUAACCUGACCAACGCCAACCCAAGUGCACUUCAUGUUUGGAACGUUGUCAGUGUCCAGUGGAAUGUGGAUGGCGGUGUCGAUGCUAGCAGUGUAUGGUGCAACGGAAAGUUACUUCAAAGAUUUCAAGCAGAAUUAAGUCCAUCUGAUACAAAGUUUGCAAUCGGUGUUAUCACACGUCGUAACUCACCGUUAGUAAGGGACUUACACGGAGCGGUUGGUGAAUUUGUGCUUUUCAAAGACAUUGUCAUGACCGAUUACGAAAUGAAGAAGUAUCAAUUCUACUUCAUAGAGAAAUGGGGAAUCACAGCUGAUCCGAUCCCAGUGUAACCUUGUGGCUGGGGUAAGAUGGUACAUUUUAUCAUUCGCUUUUGGUAGAUUUUAUCGUCCCACUUAUUAGUAAAUAAAGAAAACCCACCAUACACAAUACACAGUACUGUAAAAACCGCGAGUAAGAAUUCGAGUAUAACACACAAGGCAUCUUUAUGCAUCAAAUUAACCUGGAAAAAUUUAUAAAACAUUUUUACAAUUUUAAUGGCAUUGCGUAAGGUUUUCUGGUCGCAGUUUUAGCUUACUCAAUAUGCUAAUUGUAAAUACACCGAGAACAUAUUUGUCACGUAUACACGUCAUGUUUGCCUAUUACAUCAUGGUGUAUAGAAAGCCUUUGUUGUGGUUCGUAUUGCGUUAGACCGCUUCGCACUGUAGGUAGAUUCUCUCGCUCACUGCAAUGUUGUAGCAACGUUAACGUUGAUGGUGAUCACCGGGAUAUUUAUUGCAUUUUUAACUGAAUAUCAUGAUCGAAUUUAUUUUACACGUUUACAAAAUGAUGGGCAACUUCACGUUACUAUACUUAUACUUGGAUUGGUUAAUAUCCAAAACCUCUUCCACCGUGUUGCUGCAAUUAUAUCUUUGACAUUAUUUAGAUUUCUAAAAGGUAAUGCAAGCACUGUUACACAAGCUUUGCAUGAAACGAUGAUUUAACUUUAAACACUCGAUUUCCUUGAUGUAUUUAUUGUGAAAUAUAAAUAAAAGGUUUGUUGU